AAUUGUUGUUUUUUCCAAAAUGAAUUCUUAUUAUAAGAAAAUGUUGCUUAUGCAUGGACAAAUUCAAAAUCGAAAUUAUUAUCCUAGGAGCGAAAUUGCAAUUAUAAAAUAUUAGAAAUGUGUUUGAAUUUGAACGGUGUUGCACUGAAAAUGUUUUUAAAACGACUUGUGUUAAUGUCACUUAAUGUCAAUACAAUUAUGGUGUCUUGUCAAUAAACCUUAGUACAAUUAGUAUAAUGUAACAAAUGUAUUAAAUUCAUACAAUAAAACAAUAAGGUUAAUACGGAACCGAUGAAGAGCAAUAUUCUUUACUUAAGCCCACAAAGAUAUAUCUACAUUCUAGUCAGAAAUGUCAUUUAUUGACUCGUCCUUUAACGUAGAAGUCGUUUACAAUUUUUAUCUUAAAUUUAUUGCUGAAACUUUGCUAUAUUUGAGAAAUUUUAUUUUAUAUAUAAGCUUAUGGGUCGCGGGUUAUCUCUGUGUUUGUUGUGUUGUGUACCGACGAUAUGCGAGAAAGUUACCAACGCGUAUUCGUGGAGCACUUGGUGCCAAACGGGUUCUUCUAGUAAUAGCGCACCCGGAUGACGAAUGUAUGUUUUUCGGGCCAACAAUAUUCAGAUUAUGCGAACAAGGUGCUGAAGUGUACAUAUUAUGUCUAUCAAAUGGCAAUUAUGAGGGAAAAGGAAAUAUUAGACAAGAAGAAUUAUGGAAGGCCUGCAAAGUCCUUGGAGUUCCGGAAGGAAAUAUUUAUCUUAUAGACGAUACAAGAAUGAAAGAUGACCCUAAAGUACAGUGGCCAGUGCAGGUCAUAGCUAAACUAAUACACCAUCAUAUUGAGGCAUUGGAAGUUGAUACACUGGUCACAUUUGAUAGAGGUGGUGUUUCCUCACAUCCGAAUCAUUCUGCAGUAUUUUAUGCUGUUGCAUAUAUGUUUGUUGAAAAGAAUAUGCCUAAGAGGUGCACAGUCUACACAAUGGAUUCUGUUAAUAUUUUAAGAAAGUACAUGGGUUUUUUAGAUUUACCACUAAGUUUUGUGCUAUCAUCAAAAAGAUAUUUCCUCCGUUGGACGGAAAGUCGUCGUGUAACGCGUGCGAUGAAGCAGCACAGGUCACAAAUGGUGUGGUUCCGGUAUUUGUAUGUUAUUUUCUCUAGAUAUAUGGUUAUUAAUACAUUAAGGAAGAUAAAUUUAGCUGAUAUUGAACUGGAACUUGAAGUUGAUGAUUGAAUUUUACUAAGACUAUUUAUCUUGCAUUAAUGAUGCUUUGGUACUUCUGAUUUAUGUACAGUCAGCUGCAUAAAUAUGUACACACUAGUUUAUGCGCGACUCCGUCCGCGA